ACAAAAACGGAGAAAAAUAUCUUUUAAAUCUGUCUGACUCCUACCAAAUGCUGAUCUCAAGAAGCUAAAAAUAGGACUUCACAUGCACUUGUUCUGCUGCAUUUAAUGCCACUCACUCAGUAAAGUAUCGGCUCAUUUCACAGAGUCACAUGAGUCUGCCCAUCAUCAUGCCCUCAGCCCUUCUGCUCAUCUUCUCCUUGUUCAGUUUAUGCUCAGCUGGAAAUGUAAGCUACGAUUCCCGCUCUUUAAUCAUCAAUGGCCAACGCAAGCUUCUCAUUUCUGCUGCCAUUCAUUAUCCCCGUAGUGUUCCUGCGAUGUGGCCGGAGCUGGUCCAAACCGCCAAACAAGGCGGCGUGGAUGUCAUUGAAACUUAUGUUUUCUGGAAUGGCCAUGAGCCCUCUCCUUCCACUUAUUAUUUCGAGAAGCGAUACGAUCUCGUCAAGUUUGUCAAGAUUGUUCAGCAAGCUGGAAUGUACUUGAUUCUUCGCAUAGGCCCCUUCGUGGCAGCCGAAUGGAAUUUUGGGGGAAUACCUGUAUGGCUGCAUUAUGUGCCUAAUACCGUCUUUCGAACUGAUAACGAUAACUUCAAGUAUCACAUGCAGAAAUUCAUGACAUACAUAGUGGACCUGAUGAAGAAAGAGAAGCUUUUUGCCUCGCAGGGAGGUCCCAUUAUCUUGGCUCAGGUUGAGAAUGAAUACGGAUUCUACGAAAGUGCUUAUGGAGAAGGCGGAAAGCGGUAUGCCAUGUGGGCUGCUCAAAUGGCUGUUUCUCAAAAUAUUGGUGUACCUUGGAUAAUGUGCCAGCAAUUUGACGCUCCUAACUCUGUGAUAAAUACUUGUAAUUCUUUUUACUGCGAUGAUUUUAAACCUAUUUUUCCAGACAAGCCCAAAAUUUGGACUGAGAAUUGGCCUGGAUGGUUUCAGACAUUUGGGGCCCCUAAUCCUCACAGGCCAUCUGAAGAUAUUGCAUUUUCUGUUGCACGUUUCUUUCAAAAAGGCGGCAGUGUACAAAAUUAUUAUAUGUAUCAUGGUGGAACAAAUUUUGGUCGUACUGCAGGUGGACCAUUCAUUACUACAAGUUAUGACUACGAGGCACCAAUUGAUGAAUAUGGAUUGCCUAGGCUUCCAAAAUGGGCACAUCUUAAGGAACUCCAUAAAGCUAUAAAGUUAUGCGAACAUACAUUAUUAAACAGUGACCCGGUUAAGUUGUCACUAGGUCCUUCCCAAGAGGCUGAUGUCUUUGCUGACGAAUCCGGAGCAUGUUCUGCCUUUCUUGCUAACAUGGAUGAUAAGAAUGACAAGACUGUUGCAUUUAGGAACAUGUCAUACCAUCUGCCUGCUUGGUCAGUUAGCAUUCUUCCUGAUUGCAAGAAUGUAGUUUUCAACACUGCCCAGGUAAAGUCCCAGACAUCUGUAGUUGAAAUGGUACCUGACAACUUGCGGUCAUCAGAUAAAGGCUCCAAAGCUCUAAAAUGGGAAAUAUUUGCGGAGAAGGCUGGGAUAUGGGGAAAUCCGGACUUUAUUAAAAUGGGUUUAGUGGAUCACCUUAAUACCACUAUGGAUACUACUGACUACCUCUGGUAUACAACAAGUAUUUUCGUUGGUGAAAGCGAAGAGUUCUUGAAAAAGGAAAGUCAACCUAUUCUGCUGAUUGAGUCAAAGGGUCAUGCUAUGCAUGUUUUUGUGAAUCAGAAACUUCAAGGGAGUGCAUCUGGAAAUGGAACACACUUGCCCUUCAGAUUUAAGAAGCCUAUAUCUCUUGUGGCAGGGAAAAAUGACAUUGCACUCCUGAGCAUGGCUGUUGGCUUACCAAAUGCUGGCUCGUUUUAUGAAUGGGUAGGAUCCGGAUUAACAAGUGUCAAGAUUAUAGGUUUCAACAAUGGCACUGCAGACUUGUCUACGUCUAAUUGGACAUAUAAGGUUGGACUGCAAGGGGAAAAACUUGGACUACACAAGGCUGAUGCAAUAGAUACUGCACAUUGGCUUGCAACCUCAGAACCACCCAAAGAUCAGCCAUUGAUGUGGUAUAAGGUUUCUGUGGACCCACCAUCAGGUGAUGAACCUGUUGGGCUGGAUAUGCUUCAUAUGGGGAAGGGUCUAGCUUGGUUGAAUGGAGAAGAAAUAGGAAGAUACUGGCCUAGAAAAAGUUCUAUACAUGAUAAGUGCGUGCAAGAAUGUGAUUACAGGGGAAAAUUUAGGCCUGACAAAUGCUUAACUGGAUGUGGAAAACCAACUCAAAGAUGGUACCAUGUUCCACGGUCUUGGUUCAAACCUUCUGGAAACAUUCUAGUGAUCUUUGAAGAGAAAGGCGGAGAUCCCACAAAAAUGACGUUCUCGAGACGAAAAACCUCUCGUGUUUGUGGUCUUGUCGCUGAGGAUUAUCCAAUGUCCAACCAUGAAUCAAUAGAGAAUGCCGGAAGCAGAAAUUAUAGUGACAGGGCUUCCGUCCAUCUCAAGUGUCCCAAAAAUAGAGGUAUAUCCGCCAUACAUUUUGCUAGUUUUGGAUCUCCUACCGGAACAUGUGGAUCCUACAGCCAUGGAGAAUGCCAUGAUCCUAAAUCCGUUUCUAUAGUUGAAAAGGAAUGCCUAAACAAAAAUGAGUGCGUUGUACAAGUUACGGAAGAGAAGUUUAGCAAGGGUUUAUGCCCUGCCAACGUCAAGAAACUUGCUGUGGAAGCAACUUGCAGCUAAAAACCUCAUUUAUAGUAUAAAAAUAUUCAUUCUGUAAUUCAGAACUCAUCUACUUUUAAUUCAAAACUUAUGCAGGUCUCUUAUCUACCUCUAA